AGCAGUGGGAGUUGAAGUCAUUGUCAAGUGCUUGCGAUCUUUUACAAGAAAAUCUCACUGAAUGAUAGUCAUUUAAAUUGGUGAAGUAGCAAGACCAAUUAUUAAAGGUGACAGUACACAGGAAACAUUACAAUUGAACAAUGACUCAGCUAUACAUUUACAUCAGAUUAUUGGGAGCCUAUUUGUUCAUCAUUUCUUGUGUUCAAGGACAGAAUCUGGAUAGUAUGCUCCACGGCACUGGGAUGAAAUCAGACUCCGACCAGAAAAAGUCAGAAAAUGGAGUAACCUUAGCACCAGAGGAUACCUUGCCUUUUUUAAAGUGCUAUUGCUCAGGGCACUGCCCAGAUGAUGCUAUUAAUAACACAUGCAUAACUAAUGGACGUUGCUUUGCCAUCAUAGAAGAAGAUGACCAGGGAGAAACCACAUUAGCUUCAGGGUAUAUGAAAUAUGAAGGAUCUGAUUUUCAGUGCAAAGAUUCUCCAAAAGCCCAGCUACGCCGGACAAUAGAAUGUUGUCGGACCAAUUUAUGUAACAAGUAUUUGCAACCCACACUGCCCCCUGUUGUCAUAGGUCCGUUUUUUGAUGGCAGCAUUCGAUGGCUGGUUUUGCUCAUUUCUAUGGCUGUCUGCAUAAUUGCUAUGAUCAUCUUCUCCAGCUGCUUUUGUUACAAACAUUAUUGCAAGAGCAUCUCAAGCAGACGUCGUUACAAUCGUGAUUUGGAACAGGAUGAAGCAUUUAUUCCAGUUGGAGAAUCACUAAAAGACCUUAUUGACCAGUCACAAAGUUCUGGUAGUGGGUCUGGACUACCUUUAUUGGUUCAGCGAACUAUUGCCAAACAGAUUCAGAUGGUCCGGCAAGUUGGUAAAGGCCGAUAUGGAGAAGUAUGGAUGGGCAAAUGGCAUGGCGAAAGAGUGGCGGUGAAAGUAUUCUUUACCACUGAAGAAGCCAGCUGGUUUCGAGAAACAGAAAUCUACCAAACUGUGCUAAUGCGCCAUGAAAACAUACUUGGUUUCAUAGCGGCAGAUAUUAAAGGUACAGGUUCCUUGACUCAGCUCUAUUUGAUUACUGAUUACCAUGAAAAUGGAUCUCUCUAUGACUUCCUGAAAUGUGCUACACUGGACACCAGAGCCCUGCUUAAAUUGGCUUAUUCAGCUGCCUGUGGUCUGUGCCACCUGCACACAGAAAUUUAUGGCACCCAAGGAAAGCCCGCAAUUGCUCAUCGAGACCUAAAGAGCAAAAACAUCCUCAUCAAGAAAAAUGGGAGUUGCUGCAUUGCUGACCUGGGCCUUGCUGUUAAAUUCAACAGUGACACAAAUGAAGUUGAUGUGCCCUUGAAUACCAGGGUGGGCACCAAACGCUACAUGGCUCCAGAAGUGCUGGACGAAAGCCUGAACAAAAACCACUUCCAGCCCUACAUCAUGGCUGGUAUCUACAGCUUCGGCCUAAUCAUUUGGGAGAUGGCUCGUCGUUGUAUCACAGGAGGGAUCGUGGAAGAGUACCAAUUGCCAUAUUAUAACAUGGUACCGAGUGAUCCGUCAUACGAAGAUAUGCAUGAGGUUGUGUGUGUCAAACGUUUGCGGCCAAUUGUGUCUAAUCGGUGGAACAGUGAUGAAUGUCUACGAGCAGUUUUGAAGCUAAUGUCAGAAUGCUGGGCCCACAAUCCAGCCUCCAGACUCACAGCAUUGAGAAUUAAGAAGACGCUUGCCAAGAUGGUUGAAUCCCAAGAUGUAAAAAUCUGACGGUUAAACCAUCGGAGGAGAAACUCUAGACUGCAAGAACUGUUUUUACCCAUGGCAUGGGUGGAAUUAGAGUGGAAUGAGGACGUUAAC